CUUUAGCAGCCCCCGUAUAAAACCACCCAGCACCGCGUUAGAGACCCCCACUCUACCCAUUAAGAAUAGUUCCGCCUCUCCUCACCUCCCCUGGUCCGCAAUCUCGGAAAGAUGAAGACUGCUCUGCUGUUCCUGGCCUGCAUCUCUGUGGCCGCGGCCCAGUUUUGGCAUCCUUUGGCCCCAUGUGAAACCGAUCAACAGUGUCCGCCCACGGGAUACUGCUGCCACUACAGCACAGUUCUGUUGUUCAAGCUGUGUGAGUUGAAGCCAAACCAAGGCUGGCCCUGUGACCCUACAGUGGUGUCCAGCUGUGAAUGCAACGAUGGUCUCCUCUGCCAGCCCGAUGGUACCACCGGCCAGUACACCUGCCAGCCUGAAGUGGAGUGAUGCCGUCGGCUUAAGAACCAGCACACGUAACACCUCCAUGCAGAUCCUUCAACCUCUGACUAGAUACAUGGGGUACUCGUAGGGAUGAGUGUUAGUUGGGGAUACAGUUGUUCGUAUAUUAGGGUCAUUUGAUGAUCCACAAUAUUGGUGUAUGGCGUAAGGUACCUCAACAUUACAAGUUCCUCCAUGUAUACCGGCUCAGAACAUUUUAUGGGAUCCGUAUAUUAAAGCAACGUGAACAUACGCUUGCCUUGCUGAAUGGAGUGGCAUGGUGUAUUUAUGUAUAGUGGUUAUGGUAUACACAAUCGAUGGUUAAAAUCAGAGCAUCCAGAACCGCCAUGCAGAGCCUUCCAUUUCGAUACAUAUGCCUGACUAAAUAAUCAUUAUAAACUCAAGCUAAAUCGUCACUAAGUGCUCAAUUGCCCAUAUAUGGCACGAUUUUCAACCCCCGUUUGGUGCACGGUCUGUUACGAGACUACUUGAAGACAAUAUCUUCUCAUUGCUUAUGCCUAGAGAAUUGGUCUCGUUUCUUUGUCCGUCUUUCAAAUAUCUCUAUUUCUUUGUCUCUUUUUAAAAUGUGAUCCUCCUACAAAUAUAACCUCUUCCCGCCCAAUGGUACAUCGCAGUUGUCUUGGGUCCUACACCUUACACACUGCUGAUCUUGUCUGGUGAUGUAUCACUUAACCCUGGGCCAAAGGAUCCCUGUGGUAUCUGUAACAGGUGUGUAAGAAAAAAUCAAAAAGGAAUAUGCUGUGACUUGUGUGACAAGUGGUAUCAUCUUAACUGUA